AUGAAAAAUGGUAAACGAAAGGCAGGAUAUGCCAUUACCACCACUUCACAGGUAAUAGAAGCUAAACCUUUACCUGGGAACACCUCUGCCCAGAAGGCAGAAAUAAUAGCAUUAAUAAGAGCCCUGGAACUGGCUAAAGAUAAAAGGAUAAAUAUUUGGACUGAUUCUAAAUAUGCAUUUGGUGUGGUCCAUGCACACGGUGCUAUCUGGAAAGAAUGUGGACCUUUGAACACACAAGGGAAACAGAUUAACCAUGCUACAGAAAUUCUACAAUUACUGGAAGCUGUUCAGCUACCUGAAGAAGUAGCUAUUAUGUACUGUAAAGGACAUCAACAAGGUGACUCUGAUCAGGAAAUUGGAAAUAAUUUGGCUGAUUUUGAAGCCAAACGAGCAGCUGAACAAUUUCAAAUCAUGUCCUUAAUCCCUGAUGGCAAACUAACAAUUGAAAAAUCUAAACCUAGGUAUUCAAAAGAGGAUACAAAAUUGAUUGAGGAUCUAAAAGGACAGGAAAAUAAAGAGGGUUGGGUUCAGAUACCUGAUGGGCAAAUUGUAAUCCCCUAUAACCAGCUCUGGAAGUUAGUUCAGGAAGAACAUAAUAAAACUCAUUGGGGUAGCAACUCUUUGCAUAAAUAUUUAGACAAACAAAUUGUAGGAAGGAAUCUAUACACCACAGUUCAAUUAGUGACAAAACAAUGUCAGCUAUGUCUUAAGAAUAAUCCUAAGACUGAAAAUAGAAAUCAAAUUGGGACAACUGGUAGAGGAAGUUAUCAGGGACAUCAGUGGCAAAUAGAUUUUUCUGAAUUACCAAGAAAAGGGGGUUAUCGAUGUUUGUUGGUGUUAACGGAUACUUUUUCAGGCUGGCCAGAAGCAUUCCCUUGUAGACUAAAUAAAGCAAAAAAAGUGAUUAAAAUAUUAUUUAACAAGAUAAUAAGCUCAUUUUGGGGUACCAGAGGCAAUUUCUUCCAACCGAGGCUAGCACUUUAG